AUGGAGAAGAACACCAACACCAAUGCCAAUGCCAAUGCCAAUACGAAUACGGUUUCGGAGACUUCUCCCGACCAACACCAUGACGGAGAAAGGACUCCGAUAACGGCAACUUCUCCACUACCACCUGCUCGCAACGAUAACGUUAAUAACCCAACUCCCACCGUCGUCAUCGAACUCUCGUCCUCCAUAGUAGUGGCCGCCCCAGAAAGUGCUACAACAGGCGACUCCAGACGACGCCAGAUUGUAGAUGCCACCCUGCUUGACGUUGAAACGUCGUCACAUGAGUACAUCGGAGGUAGUUCCAACAUCGAGCAGGGGAAAAAGCGAGGGAAAGGAGAUGGGGAAGAGCAGCAGCAGCAGGUGCGAGUUGCAAAGAAAAAGGGAGAGCUAACGGAGGUUCCAAAAGGUGAGCCAAAAUGUGCGACUUGUAACAAAGUUUUCAAAUCGUGGAAAGCACUUUUUGGACACUUGAGGUCUCACCCAGAACGAACCUACCGUGGGGCUCUUCCACCGCCAACCGCUGCGGAACUCGACAUUCACCAGCAGCUCGCUUCCACUUUGCUCACAGUGGCUCAACAAGUGGCAGCUUCCAGAAGAGGGCUGGAUAUUGAUCUCAACCAACCCUCCACGGCUGACGAUGGUGACUUGCCAGAGAAGACCGGCGGUGUCGGGUUCGAUUUGAACAUCAAGCCGCCGUCGGAUAGUGACGACGAGAAGUGA